AUGAGUUGAUGGAAGAUAUACUUAAAGUUUACAUUUACAAGGAAGGCCAAAAACCAUUUUUCCAUGACCCGAAACUUUGGGGAGUAUAUGCGUCUGAAGGAUGGUUUAUGAAACAGAUGCAGGAACACACAAGAUUUGUUGUUCAAGACCCGAAUAAAGCUCACCUAUUUUACUUACCUUUUAGUUCAGAAAGGAUUAGGUACAGCAGUUUGUAUGAUCGCAAAACACGCGACAAAUCCAACUUUAUCAAGUUACUGAGCGACUACUUGGACAUUAUCAAGGCAAAAUAUCCUUUCUGGAACAGAACAGGAGGUGCCGAUCAUUUCUUUACUGCUAGCCAUGACUGGGCCCCAAUAAUGACAAGACCGUUUAUGAAUGGAUGCAUCAGAGCUUUCAGCAAUGCGGAUGUCAGUGAUGAUUUCGUAUUAGGAAAGGAUGUCGCUCUUGCUCAAACAUUAGUUCUUUCAAAAGAUGAUCUUCUAAAAGAUAUAGGAGGGAAACCUCUUUCAGAAAGACAAACUUUGGCUUUCUUCGCAGGAAACUUACACGGAUAUCUCCGUCCUAUCCUACUAGCAUUCUGGGAGAAUAAAGACCCUGACAUGCAAAUCUAUGGCAAGAUGAAUAAAUCCGUCACUGCAGAAAUGAAUUACACCCAACGCAUGAAGACGAGCAAGUACUGCAUUUCUGCCAAAGGGUAUGAGGUGGCUACUCCAAGGGUGGUCGAGGCUAUCUUUUUCGAGUGUGUCCCUGUGAUUAUAUCUGAUAACUAUGUUCUUCCUUUCUUUGAGACUUUAGAUUGGGAGUCAUUUGCGGUUUUUGUCGCAGAGAAAGAUAUUCCCAAUUUGAAGGAGAUACUCCUUGCAAUACCAGAGGAGAAGUAUAUAGAGAUGCACAAGAAGGUGAAGAUGGCGCAAAAACAUUUUCUUUGGCAUUAUGAACCGGUGAAGUAUGACAUCUUUCACAUGACGCUUCAUUCUAUCUGGUACAAUCGAGUUUUUCAGGUUUAACGCUCGACAAGACUUGUAUUUGAGACAGAUUUCGAUUCAUUCGA